UGAGGAAGAGGAGGGGAGGUCUCCGUUGGUGUCCGAGCAGCGAGCAGUAACUUUGCCAGAGAAACGGAGAAUCACCGACAGAAAGUCCGCGAAGCGAGUGGCGGAUAGGGUUCAGAGCGGUGCUGUAACCCGGCAAUUUCCCGGGGGAUUGAGUCGUGAGACAGAGGCGGAGGUCGGGCUGAAGCAGGUGACGGUGUCAUGGCUGCCUUCUUCACUGACUUACCCUCCUAAACAUCUCAGGAACAUAACCAUCGUAGAAACUGCCCGUCUGAGGAAUCGAAUCAAACGCACACAGUACAAGACGUGCGUGCAUGCGAGGGAUGACGACCUCCCAUCUGAAUGGCCAUGUUGCUGGAGAGGGAGGAGGAGGAGGAGAUGAAGAGGCGAGGGGAGGACAGCAGCACCGAGAAAUGGCCGUAGACUGUCCGGGAGACCUGGGCAGCCGAACGCUGCCUCUGCGGCGCUCCGCUCAGCUGGAGAGGAUACGACAGCAUCAGGAGGACCUUCGGCGUCGCAGAGAAGAGGAGGGUCGGCAGCUGGAUCUGAACGCCUCACUCAGACUCAGGAACCUCUCCCAGAAUCCCUACAGCGGGAUCGACAACCCCACAUUCCUGCAAGACACACCACAGCUGCCAGCGCUCAGCAGCCAGCACACACACGCACUGCUCGAGUUGGAGGAGCUGCUGCUGUCGCUGAAGCAGGUCCGGGGCAGCCUGUCGGACCAGCAGAGUCACAGUGACAUCGAGUUGGUCCUCGCUCUGCUGAACAAGUCGGACUUCCAGUCGGCGCUGAAGAUCCACAAUGCCGUGGCCAGCAGCAUGCACCGACCGUCUCCACCGUACCCCAACACGCAGCAGGCGCUUCCACUCGCCAUGGAGGUAACACGGCUGUAUUUGAACUGCGGUAAUGGAGCAGAAAGUUCAGCUUCAUCGGUCUGGAUGAUCGUUCGCGGCGGCGCGGCUGAGCGAAGCGGGCUUCUGUCUGAAGGAGACGAAAUCCUGGAGAUUAACGGCAUCGAGAUCCGAGGCAAAGACGUCAACCAGGUGUUCGACAUCCUGGCCGACAUGCACGGCCUCCUGACCUUCGUGCUGAUUCCCAGCAAUCAGAGCAAACCUCCUCCCGUCAAAGAGAGCGUGGUCCACGUGAAGGCUCAUUUCGACUACGACCCCUCGGACGACCCCUACGUGCCGUGCAGAGAGCUCGGCUUGUCCUUCCAGAAGGGAGAUAUCCUGCACAUCAUCAGCCAGUCCGACCCCAACUGGUGGCAGGCGUACCGGGACGGAGACGAGGAUAACCAGCCGCUCGCCGGCCUGGUGCCAGGGAAGAGUUUCCAGCAGCAGAGAGAAGCCAUGAAGCAAACCAUAGAAGAAGACGAGCCCGAGAAGUCCGGGAAGCUCUGGUGUGGGAAGAAGAACAAGAGGAAGAGGAAGAAGCUGCUGUACAACCCUCACAGGAACGACGAUCUCGAUAAUGAAGAAAUUCUCACCUAUGAGGAGAUGGCGCUGUACCACCAGCCGGCCAAUAGGAAGCGGCCGAUUGCUCUGAUUGGUCCGAGCGGCUGUGGGCAGGAACAGCUCAGGCAGCGGCUGCUCAACAGUGAACCAGAGCGCUUCGCUGCAGCUGUGCCUCACACGACGCGGAGCCGUCGCGAGGGCGAGCAGAGCGGUCGGGACUAUCACUUUGUGUCUCGGCAGACCUUCGAGGCUGAGCUGGCGGCUGGGAAGCUGAUCGAGUCCGGAGAGUUCGAGAAGAAUCUGUACGGGACAAGUACGGACUCAGUGAGACAGGUCAUCAACACCGGGAAGAUCUGCGUGCUGUGUCUGCACACACAGGAGCUGCGUGACAUCAUCGAGAAGGCGCGUGAGAUGGAGCAGGGCUGCGGUCACCUGUUCGACUCCAUCAUCGUGAACACGGAUCAGGACAAAGCUUUCACCGAGCUGCUGAGACUCAUCAACAAGCUGGACACGGAGCCGCAGUGGGUGCCCUGCUCCUGGCUGCGCUGAGCACACGGACACACACUCACACACACACACGCAGCUCGGGGUCAGCAUCAGGACAGAAAUCAUCUGAGAUUUUGAAUCAAACUGUUCGUGUUUGUUAUUGAGAGCAGGUCGAUCCUGCUGAGCAACAAUAAAAACAAUAAAAUCAUCGACUAACGAGACGCAGUGACGUCACAACGAGCUCAAA